GUGGUCACUCCAGCCCGUUCUGAAUGCUGCUGGGCUGCUCUUUACCUUUUUCAGUAGGUCUGCAGCAUCCCCCCUACUAGCCAACCCUGAUAGCCAUCACAUUUUCCUUCUGGCUUUCAAUUCUUCACGCCUACUUAGGACGGACUUAGGUCUUCCAAAAUACGUAAGAGGAGAGUGGGGAAAGCCUUGAUCAUUCUUCCGGGCUUCGGUGUCCGAAACGUGAGAGCGCGUUCCCACGCCCAGCUCUGCCGCGAGAGAGACGGAGGAGCCGGGGACCCCCGCUCAGAGGUCAUGGAAGAGGUGACAUCGUGCUCCUUCAACAGCCCUCUGUUCCAGCAGGAAGACAAGAGAGGGGUCACCUACCGGAUCCCAGCCCUGCUCUACGUGCCUCCCACCCACACCUUCCUGGCCUUUGCAGAGAAGCGCUCCACGAGCAGGGAUGAGGAUGCCCUCCACCUGGUGCUGAGGCGGGGGCUGAGGACUGGGCACUCGGUACAGUGGGGUCCUCAGAAGCCACUGAUGGAAGCCACAUUACCUGGGCAUCGCACCAUGAACCCCUGUCCUGUGUGGGAGCAGAAGAGUGGCUGCGUGUACCUAUUCUUCAUCUGUGUGCAGGGCCUUGUCACUGAGCAUCAACAGAUUCUGACAGGCAGGAAUGCUGCCCGCCUCUGCUUCGUCUGCAGUCAGGAUGCUGGCAGUUCAUGGAGUGAGGUGAGGGACCUGACUGAGGAGGUCAUUGGCCCGGAGGUGAAGCGUUGGGCCACAUUUGCUGUGGGCCCAGGUCAUGGCAUCCAGCUGCAGUCAGGGAGGUUGGUCAUCCCUGCAUAUGCCUACUACAUCCCUUACUGGUUCUUUUGCCUCCGGCUACCGUGUAUAGCCAGGCCUCAUUCCCUGAUGAUCUACAGUGAUGACCUAGGGACCACGUGGCACCGUGGCAAGCUUAUUAAGCCCAUGGUGACAGUGGAAUGUGAAGUGGCAGAGGUAAGUGGGAGGGCUGGCCACCCUGUUCUGUAUUGCAAUGCCCGGACACCACACAGGUGCCGGGCGGAGGCACUAAGCACUGACCGCGGUGAAUCCUUUCAGAGACCAGCCCUGAGCCAACAGCUCUGUGAGCCCCCGCAUGGCUGCCAGGGCAGUGUGGUGAGUUUCCGACCUCUGGAGAUCCCACAUGGGUGUCAGGACUCUAAUGGCAAAGAUGUUCCUGCUAUUCAGCAGAGUCUUCUGCUGGACAGCUCCCCAAAGCUACAGCAGGAAGCUGGAACACGGUCAGAAUCAUGGCUCCUGUACUCACAUCCAACCAGUAAGAAACGAAGGGUCAACCUAGGCAUCUACCUCAACCAGACCCCUUUGGAGGGUGCCUGCUGGUCCCAUCCCUGGAUCUUGCACUCUGGGCCCUGCGGCUACUCUGAUUUGGCUGUUCUGGAGAAUGAAGGCUUAUUUGGGUGUUUGUUUGAGUGUGGGACCAAGCAGGAGUUUGAGCAGAUUGCCUUCCGCCUGUUUACAGCCCGAGAGAUCCUGAGCCGCAUGGGGGAAUGCACCGGCCCUGGGAGGAACUAUGAGCCAGUUCCAAACUAAUUGGCUUAGGACCCAACUUUCCAGACAAGGGAAACCAGUGAAGGCAACCGUAGGCAGGAUAAUGGAGGAGGCUGGGUUAACAGGUUACCGAAGUCUACGGAGAAUCCAAAAACUUAAUAUUCUGCUUCCUAUCCUUUUUCACUUCUCCUUCUCCAAAGAACAAAAUGAGAAUUUGCCAUAGCUCCUGCAGUGGAAAGAGCACUCAUCUGUGAGUUGGGAAAUCAUGAUGUGGUCCUGGCUGUCCCACUGGCUUGCUUUGGGGCCUUAGACACGUCACCCGAACUUUCUGGGUCUCAGGUCCCCAUCUGUAAAAGGAGAGGAUUGGUCCUGUGAUUUCCCUGCUUCCCAGCCUUAGGAAAGGCAGAGUGCCUGCACACUCCAUGAUCAGCAAGUAAGUCCUGGAUGCACAUAGGACUCUGAUCUCAGAAUGGAAGUCAGAGGAUUCAUCUUUUCAAUGACUCGUCACUCAUCCACGUGUGAGGUUACAAGCAGGAAGAUCUAGAUGGUUCUGUUUUUAAUAACAAAAACACCCACACCCUUCUAAUCAUGCUCAAAGCUCUACAGGCUCUAUCCUAGAGGAAAUGGCAAACAGUGGAAUCAUGAGGUCACCUACCUUCUCCCACUUGGCAGCUCUGCUCAAUCUUUCCUUCCUCAUCCAGAAAGCAUUAUGUCCAGGGAGAAAAUGAGGAUCUCAAUGCCAGUGUCCUUGAUAAUGGUACUUAUUGUUUCUAAUGGUAUUACUCCUAUGAAAGAUGAACCUGAAGUUCAUUUAUUUAUUAGGAUGGUUCCUGACAGGGAAAUAACAUGGGUUAGGAUUUUAAAGCAUUGGACAAAACUCUCCAUGGUCUCUGUGCUCAAGGAACUCACAGUGUAUGGGCUAUUGGAGAAAAUUCAAGAAAAUAAAUGCAGUUGGUGGGAUAGUUUGUAGACGUUGGGCUCUAAGUUGGGAUGACAGUAGCUCCUGAGGCCAUUGUCUUAGUUGUGUGUCUUUAUUGUGCAUGUGGUCAUCAUCUGCCCCAGGACUUAUCCAGGGUGCCAGGUUUCCUCCAGUUUUGCUUUUCUCAGAAUGUUAUCCUGUGCCAGCUACUCCUUUACCCAUGGAGACAGUCUUCACCAUUGGGAAGUUCUCUGAAUCAGACAUGAGUUUAGACCUACUGAAGUCACUAUGUAUGAAGGAAUGGCUCUUUGUCUAGUAGGUUUGGGGCUGAGCUUUGCCAAUGCUGGGUCUCAGAUGAUACUAAACUGGCUGCUUCUAUUUUAUUGUUUCCCCUGUAGACUGUUAACUGUGCCAAAAUCCUAUUACGAGAGAUUUCUUUUUUGUUCCUAUUUUAGGAGGAUGAUGCCUUAAACUGGUAUCAGGUAACUAUCCUUGCUGCUGAGUAGUGACUCUGGAGAGCAAGUCUUAGUCACAGAUACAGCCUAGGAGGCUAAGAAGUUGCAUUUGUACCAGUCAGAUGGGGGAGAGUCCUGCAGAAGGAAAGUAGAGAUUAACUUCACCUACUUCAGCAUAUGGUUUAAAUGGUUUAGAGUGGCAUUUUAAAAUUCCCUUAGCCUCACAUACCUUUCCCAAAGUUUUCUUCCCAGCACACAGUUAUGUUCAGUCAUUCACUCAUUUAUACACUUACCUAAGUAUUUCUUGAGUGCCUAUGUGUGAUGUUAGAUACUUUCUGUUGCUAUUCUCUGGUUGAAAAUCUUCAGUGACUCCUUACUGCCUACGAAAGGUGUUCACAUUUAGCCUGGCAUGUAGGCCCUUCAGUUGUUGGGUGAAAUAACGAAUACUUGUAAAGCCUGCUGUCAGAGAAGACCUCUGUCAAGUUGGCAAGUGGAGGAGGGUAGGAGUUGGGAGCGGGCAGAGUUGGUGGUGCAGGGAGAAACUGGAGAAGGUGGGCAUUAGAAGGGCAGCCCCCUCCCGAGGAGUAGAAACUUCUUGUUCAGCAAAGCCUUCCUGAGCCCUGUACCCCAAAUAGAUAGGAAGAGGGAGGAUGGCUCAGUUCUACAACCAGAGACAAAGGAUGGAGCGAUCGAGAAUAUCAACUCCUUAGGGACCAUCCACAAAGAGGGUCAAGGAAGGGAGCUGUGCUGCAUGCUGGUGUGGUCCGGACCAGCAUUCACGUCUCAUCCAUCUCUAAAUUGUCCUUCUCUUUCUCCUUUCCCUUGGCUUCAUGUUUGAAUCUCCUUCAUGACGAGCAGAGAAACUCUUCAUAGGCAAAGUGCCUAAGUACAUAUUUGGGAAAUAACAAAAUAAGACGGUUGGGGAUGGGGGUGAUCCAGUAUGAGGAUUAGAGAAAUGACGAGUGGAUGAUGACAGCUGAGAAGAGAAAGGACAGUGGCAGGAGUCCUGGCACCUUUUGGGAGCAAGAGAAAGUGGCACAGACAUGAGGCCAGGCUGGAGAAGUGAUGGAGGUGGUGGCCGCUAUGAAGAAAUGGUAACAGACAGGAACCAUUCCCUGAAACAUGGAAGGGAAGCAGAGGCCUGCCUAGGCCAUCAGGUUAGGCUGCAGCUAAGUUCCUGCCCAGCCCCAUAGCUUUAAGCCAACUCGACUUAGCCAGGUUCCAGGCAACCUACAAAAACUGCUACAAGCACUCCAGGUCGGUGGCAGUUACCCAAAGUCUUCGGGGCCCAGGGCCCUGUACCAUGGUACUGGUAGCCAACCUGAGCCCAUUUCAGCCCCUCUCGGGUCGGCAGAAGGGAGAAGACAGGGCAGGUGGUGGCAGCUGAGAAGAAAAGAGGAAAGCAGACCAGAGACUUGUAGUCUAGAGGUGUGAAGAAAGGACUAUGGAGGCUGCGCGUCUUUGCCCCCAGAUCCACCCCCCUGCCCUUGGGCCCUUAGGAUGGCCCCAUCCAGCCUGCAGGGCCCUCCACACAGGCGGGGCCUCCUGCUGCUUGUAUGUGCCCAGACUGGCCUCCCACCAUUCACCCUCUGGUUCUGCCCAUGCUCCCUCCCUCCUGGGCUCCCAGUAUUUUACCUCAGGUCCUUGUUACUUGGAUGCUUUAUUUGGGCCUGUUUCUCCCGGUCACCAGUCCCCCCUCAGAUGUCUGUAGGUAUCAUGAACUGUGGCCACAGGUGAGAGACCCUAUGCCCUACCUGUCGGGUAGCCCAAGGGGCUCCUGAGGCUGCUGAGUUUUUGCCAGUUGGCUAUGGGUUUUCCUUGUUGCAUUAUUCAGUAGGUGUUGUGUCAUCCUUCUCUGUGCUGCCAUAGUGCACCAUCUGAGCCUCCUUUUGGUCCUUACCACAGGCUGCCCUGUAUUACUGUUGUCUGUGUUAAGUAAGCCCUGUAGGCCUCUGCUAGGCUGUGAACUCCUUGAGGGCAAGUCUCUGACUCCUCUGUGUCCUUUUUACCUUGUCACAAUGAUUUAUUUAUAAAUACAUGCUUUUUCUGUCAUAAGCUGAAUUCCCUGAAAGUAGGGACUGUGAUUCCUCUCUGUCCUCUGCAUCCAGCACAGGGCCUGGCACAGAAUAGACAGCAGUCACUAAUGCUGAAUGAAUAAAGGAGUCAAAGACCUGGGCCUCCUGGAGCUAACUGAGAAGGCCAGGGCAAGGUCCCCCAUAGGGAGGAAGAGGUUGCAUCCCUCCAGGGAUGGCAGAGCUUUCUAAACCUGCUGAACGCUCACCCUAACUGGGUCUUCUCUGUGUUGGCCUGCUUCCACGUGAGUCACAGAACUUGCUGGGAAUGAGCUUUUCUCUGGUUUGAGCUUGGUCCUGCCUAGAUGUCCCAGGAUCACAGCCCAAGCCCAAAGCCAAGCUCUGAUUUGGGGUUCUCAUUUCACUGGUUUCCUCUCUGUCCCUGGUUGGAUUUUUGUAAUGGCCACUCCCCCAGGACUCAGAGGAGAUGCUGGGGUCCAGUGUGUUCUGAGCGUGUCUCAGCUCUGAUGCCAGGCACCAGGUAUGCUCUCUGUACUGCAGGAGCUACCACGACUCUGAAACAGAAAGAUGAAUAAAGAGCUUAAUUUUAGUGACUACUGUUUUUGUUUUUAUCAAGGAAACAGAUGAUUAUCAUCCUAAUACUCCUAUCUAGUCUGUACCCAACUUCUUUCAAAAAGUGGAUUUGAGCAACUUCUUUUCAUAAGAACUUUUACUUCAGAAAACUUAAUAAUUCUUUGCACUUGGACACAUGUCAUUGGAACAUAGCUACCUAUUGAGGGAAGCAGGGCAGAGAUUACCAUGACUGGUUAGAUUGCAUAUUAUACAGUAGCCAUUAAGUGGAGGGGUGAGGAUGUGCAGAAUCGCCCCAUCUGACACCAGCCCCAGCAUGUGUCAUUGUGUCUUGUCUUAUUUUUCAAAACACCUUGAGGUUAUUCUCAGAUUGUAGCUGGAGAGGCCACAAAUGCUUAACUCAAUAAAGGGAGGUGAUAAGUUUAACUUAACUCAUGAUUUUUACUUGACUUUCUGCUUGUUCAGUUGAGAUGCUUAAUGUUUUGCCAAAUGUUUCAGGAUAACUCCGUAAGUUCUGUCUGUAGGUCAGUCUGCUUUCUGAAAAAAUUUACUAUUGAAAAAGUUUCAAAUGGAUAUAUCUUCAUCAUAUGACUGAGUCAUAUAAUAAUGAAAGAGUACUAAUUUACCUCUUAAAAAUAGUUUUAUAAAAAUUUAUAUAUUAUAUAACCAAAAACAGUUUUAUUAUAAUCCUUUUGGAAAUCCAAUGAUGUAUUUUAUAUUUGUGGGUUUUGUUAGAUUGCUUAGUGUUUGAAGAACCUUUGGGCUGGAGAGAAAUAUGCAUAAACUUUAGUGCUCAGAAUUUUUAACUCAUAGUCAAUAAAACAUUGAUGAUCUCUUGAAUAUUUGAACAAUAACAAAUUUGAUUAAACUGCCUUAAACAUCGGUUGCAAAUUUAGUAUAACUGAUUCUUUUUGAACAUUGCAAACACCAUAAAUAGUAGGUAAGUCCAGUGAUUAUAAAACACAUCCCUAUACCAAAAUGGAGAACAAAAGAGUCUUGGCUUUGUUACUUAUACCGUUGGGGGGUUCUUACUUUUAAACCCUUCUAGGGUUUUAGUAACUUUACCAGAUAUCUUUCUCCCUCACCUUCCUAGGGAUUUAUAAUAGCAGAUCCAAAGUCACAGCAUACCGUUUCAGACAAGCUUGCUUUCCACUGGGAGCAUUAAAUUGAGAGGCAGGAGGCCGGGAACCGCAGCCUGCCAUCUUAUCCUCUGGGUCGGUGGAGAAUGCCUGAGGGUGGGACCAGCUGGAAAGAGUGGGGUCGGCCGAAACAGCCCUGAUGACCCACUAGGGUCCUCCCUGUUCGGGGAACCUAUAACCCUCCAACCUGUAUUUGAUUUUUACUUGAUCUACUUCUUAAGUGAUUUUGAGUUGGAUGUAUAUAGCUUGCAACCAAAAGAAUAUAAAUACCUAUCUUCACAGGAAAUUAGGUGAAUAGUUACCACGACCUGUUAGUCACUACCUGGAGCAGAACUGCAGGCCAUGAGGAAUUAAUUUUCAAAAUAGUCUACUAAAGUUUGAUUAACAGUACUAACUAAAGGGUGUAUUACCAGGAGAUACAUCAGGAUAGACUGGAGAAUGGACUGGACGAGGAUGAGUCAGGAAUCCAGAGUCUUUGUCUAGAGCUUGCCACUGACAUGAUGGACAACUUUGUGCCAGCCACUGGCCCUCUCUGGGAGCCUGUUUAAUUCAGCUACAGCAGGUGAAUGAUCUUUGCCCUGCCACUCGUCAGGGAGUUACAAGAAUCUCAUAAGGGUUUAGGAAACAGUGCAAUGCCACAUAGAUAGAAGAUAAGUUACCUUCCACCCACUGAUCUCCAUUAUCCAGCAUUGGCAACACUGACAAUUGAAUGCUGAAAAUAAGGGUGAUGGAUGGAGUGGAAAGGAGAGGCAGACAGGGCCCCUGAGGAGGGCACUCCAAGGUGGGACAGCCAUCUUGCCUCACCUGUGGUAGGUCCUUAGCAAACUGCAGGCCCCAGGACUUGGCUAACCUUCUGACUUUGUCCUAUGCCUUUUGGUCUCUUUCUUCCCAGCCUGGGUAUGGAAGAGGGAAAUCUUAGCCCCAGGUGGGAAGGGACUUGCUCUCAGUCAUCUCUGUGCUCUAUGCCCACCGUAGGGCCAGGCACAGCACAAUAUAGGAAAGAAUGAUGCAAGGGGAGUAAUAACAUUUGUAAAGUGCCUACUGUGUGUUUUUAAGUCAUACAUUCUCUCAUUUAAUUCCACAAAGUGUUUUAGAGAUAGGGAAGUUGAGACUCAGUUAAGGUUACAUGAUAUGUUCCAGUGUCAUACAUCUGUAAGUGAUGAAGGCAUAUCUGAUUCCAAACCUUUAUUUUGGUCAUAUGGCAACUAAGAGACCAAAUUGUGGGUGAUGCUUACCUUGGAAGUUGAUGUAAGGCAGAGAUAGUGCCUCUUCAGUCCCUUGGCACAUAGUGGCUGUUCAGCUGCUGGAAGAGGCUGAUAGUGACGAACCCGUAGGAAUAAUGUGUCUCCCAGGGCAUUAGGGUGGUCUGUCAAACCUUCUGUUUCAUCUGAGAGAAAUGCAUUGGUUUUUCUUGGAAUUCCUGAGCUAGCUGGAGCUUAUUUUCUAGUACCCCCAACCUUCAGAAGAGCAGCCUCCCAAGACCUACAGUCAUCCUAAAUAGCUUUUGUUGUCAUCAACUAGGUAUAGAAUUAGAAAUGAGAGUGUGGAUGCUCUUGAGGGGUAAACAUAGAACUCAAUAGCAAGUGACACUGACUUAGUGCCAAGUGACAAAGUCAGAGGCCUGUAGGCACUGGGCAGGUCUCUGCUUGAGCCCCACGUUGAGAAGGCAGCUCUGCGUCUUUCCCCUUCCAGCCAGUCCCUGAGCUGUACCCAGCGGUCAGGUCUGAGCCCAUCACGCAGUGUGGGUGGUCCUCCAAUACACUGUCUCUAAUCCUCACAACAACAAGGAAGCAGGACGUUAUUGUCCCCAACCUACGGACAAGGAAACAGUCUUGGAAAGAUGAAAUGAUUGGGCAAGUAUCUUAACUAUAAUUUCUUCAUCUGUGAAAACUAGGAUAAUAAAAGCAUCACAUAGGGUUUUUGGGGAGGUUAAGUGAGAACAUGUAUUUAAACUUAAAAGUGCCUGCUAUGUAGUAGAUAUUAAAAAACUGGGAUCUUCCGUAAUUAGGAUUUUCUCCUGUAGUAAUUGUAUUAGCCCAUCAGGUGUGUGCAGUGUGUCAGCAGCACUUUCCAGGUUUAUGUGUGCAUAGGAAUCACCUGGAGAGGUCUUACAAAAUAGGCUCCCGCCCUCCAUCCCCACCUGCAAGAAUCUUAGCAGAUCUCGUGGGGGUGGGAGUGGGGUUGGGGGCGAGAACUGGCAUUUCUAACAGGCUCCCAAGUAAUACUGAUGCUGCAGGUCCAUGGGCUGUGCUGGAGUAGCGUAUCCCAGUACCUAGCUCUCCGUCUGUUACCUCGCUCCUGCUCCCACUCUCACCAGCCCUGUGCCAUAGCAGGAACACAGACUCCUACAACUAAUGUCCAUGUG